AUACGGGCUGAUAACACAGAACAAGCGCACUCAUUUCUCUACUGUAUAAAAGCGCUUUAAAGCAGCAGUAUACUGUCAAAUAAUAACCUGUCCUCUCAGUGAGUUGGAGACAAUCAGUGUGAGCUGGGAGGAGUUAAAAGUUACUGACUCCAGCUGCUCCGUCCACGUCUGAUCACAACAAUCCGGCUACAGACGGAGGAGAGAGACGGCGGGGGAUGAAUGAAGGCAGGGAAACGCUCAGUGGUCUCCGCUCCUGAUCCUGAUCCUGAUCCCGAUGUGAUGAAUCUACAUCGUCACAUUCUGUCACAUCUGGACAAUGAAAUCAGCCGCAGCGGCUCAGACUGAGGAGCAGCGACUUUUUGCAACUUUCCCCCGAGUUUGGAGGAGCUGAGAUGAGACGGAGAGACUGAAGAUUUGUCCCUGAAGAAACGAGAGGUGGUCAUCAUCAUGUCCCUCUGGAUGAUCCUUCCUGUCAGCCUGCCUGUCUUCACCAUCACUGGAAUAUGGGUUGUAUAUGCCAUGGCCCUGUACAACCAGCACGUCUGCCCUGUGCACAACUGGCUUUAUAAUGAGUCAUGUGAGGAGCAGCUUCCACUACAGAGGGGUCCUGUACUGUGCUGCACCUUGGACAACAUACCACUCAUCAGUAAAUGUGGAACGCUGCCACCUGAGAGUUGCUUUUUCAGCCUCAUAUGCAGCACAGGAUCCUUUAUGGUGAUGCUGAUUGGUCUGCUGCGUUACGCUCACGUCAUAGAGAAACACCAGAACUGUGUCCUCAACACGGCCGGCCUCUCCACCGGGUGGAUCUGUGCUGCUGGUCUCAUCAUGGUGGGAAACUUCCAGGUGGAUUUUGCCAAAGUCCUCCACUACGUCGGAGCAGGAGUGGCCUUCCCGUCCAGCAUGCUGUUUGUGUGUCUGCAGUCGGCUCUGACUUACAGACUGGCCAAGACCCAGGAGGAGUAUCGAGUGGGUCACCUUCGCCUGGGGAUGGCCCUGCUGGCACUGAUCGCCCUGGUGCUCAGUGGAGUUUUCUUCUGCCAGGAGAGCUUUGCUCUGCAGCACGCCUCUGCCAUCUUUGAGUGGGUCUACUGCACGCUCAUCAUGCUCUUCUAUGGGACGUUUGCCUUCGAGUUCGGGGGCAUGUCAGGGGACACGCUGAUGGUCCUGUCCAGAGGAGGGGGAGUGCAGAGCUUCUCCACCUCUCAACAUAAAGCGGAGGUGGGCGCCGGGUCCAACCAUCAUCAGCCGGAGAGUUUAUCGAUCCUGUAACUGAACUGCAGCGAACUUCAGUGGCAAAUUGUGAACCAAUCUGGACGACUGGAAGCUGCUUCCUGCAUAUCACCAUGCACAUAGCCACAGUACCAAAGCUGUUCACCUCAGCAGUGACCAAAGACUGAUAGACUUUACAGAUCUUUAUCCUACUUUGUAAAAGUACAAGCUACACUGCAAAACCUUGCACAAUAUUGUAAGUGCCUUUCUGAACACAAAGGCCAGCAGAGAGAUUUAUACACACACACACACACACAGUCCUUGAUGUUUGUUUUAAUUAUCUCAGUGUAACAAUCGGUCUCUAAAUUCUUGGCCGAAGUUGCCUUUCAUCUGAUCAGACGUCCUGAAAGUGCCUCACAUGUCGCCUCUCGCUUCAGGCGGCGUCAGCACUGGCGUUUGUUUGAAUGUUUAGACGUUCGGACAUCGAGCUCCGUAUUGUUCCCACUCAGGAAGUUUUGUUACAUCAUCAGCUCUCGCUCUUUACCUCAAUAGUAAGGUGAAGCUUUCCAAAAAAAACUCUUGACAAUAGAUGGAUGAUCACCAUGUGCCAAGAAUAAUAAUGUGUUUCAUUUUUAAGUGAUUUAAUUGUUAACACAGUGAGUGAAGGCAGGAGUAUCUGCUCUCAUGCUGAAAAAUGUUUCAUGUUUUUCUAAGUUUAUCCUUUAAUUCAAGUUAUGAUAUCCACAGAAAUACUUUGUGCAACUCUUUAUGGCAAUAUUACCUGAGUAUAGCUGUGUCAUGCUGCCCAGAUAAGCUCUGAUGUAUAUUUUCUUUAAUAUCAUUUCAGCUUUUUUGCAGGAAAAAAGUCAGUAACAGUGACUUUACAGCUUUAACGGGACCAAACUGUAAGGAAGGAAGUUGCUGUAUUUGACUUAUAUACAGAAAAUAAAGUUCUGCAGUGUAUGGAGCAAAAACAAGUUAAAGCAAAUAGAAAAAACAAAAAAUGA